UCAGAGCCUGAUCCAGUCUGGUCAGCGAUAUUGAUUUAUACUCUCAUUUACAUCCGAUGUGAGAUUCUUAUAUACUCUCAUUGGAUGCGAACACGACAUUGAUUGGAAAAAAAAAAAGGGAAAAUUCCUUCGGGUGAGUACAUGUUCAAUCAAUCUGAUAUAUUCAGACUUUCGACUGGAUGUGAUUUCAAAGGCAGGUUUCACGAUUCAAAGUAACAAAUUCUCCAAUGAGAUUAACGUACGCUGUCGUUAUGAAUUCACACCUAUUUUGGUGGGACGCACUGUUUGCCUACAUUAUUGACGGUUAUUUCUAUAUGAACGGAAUUUCAAAUAUUUGAAAAAAGGCAAAGUUAACGUUAACUGAACAAUCAUGCCCUCAUUUCUUUUGGAGCCAUCCUCUAAAACUGACAUUUCUUUCUUUUGAUCUGAUAAGUCGUUCUCUACAUCCUAUCACACAGAGAGGAUCAUCGGCAUCGUAGUACUGAUUUCUUCUUCAAGGUUUUACCAACCCCACCUUUAGUAUCAUCUUUCCUUUCUCUUUUAGUUAUAACUUCCUCUUCUCUUAUGGGUUUGAGAAUAAAAUGUUGGAAAUUAUUGGUAGAUAGAGUUUUGAAUCUUUGGUUUUUCAUUAAUUGGGACCUAACUAUUAGGCUUAGUUUAGUGAUGCAUUUUCGCUUAUUUGAAACCAAACAACAUGAAUAUGAGUACGAGAUUCACAAUUUGGAUUUUUUUCUUUUUUUGAUUUUCUUGGCAACCAAACAAGAAAGAUGGAAUCGGAAUCACCCAGAUUUCUUGAACCCAUUUUUUUGUUAUCCUCAUGGGAUAAUUUGAUUUUUUGUUUCACAUUUCUGUCUGGAGUUCCAUGGCAUUGUCUUCAUAUAUCUUUAUCUAUCUGAUUCAGAUCUCUCUGAGAAGAAACAAAUUCAAAAGGAAACCAAGAAUCCAGGGACUUUGACCCUUUAUCUCAAUCUGUGAAGGGUGGAUCUAGAAACAGUUGCAGAAAUGAAUGAUCUCAUGACAAAAUCGUUCUUAAGUUAUGUGGAACUAAAGAAACAAGCAGAGAUGGAUCUUGAAGCAGAAGCAGAAGCAGACAUAGAAAUAGGCAAACUCAAGCCUAAAGAUGAAGAGAACCUCUCUCAGUUCUUUGAAGAAGUGGCCGCAAUCAAGACUGUCAUGGAAGAGAUUACUAAUCUCGUCCGUGAUCUUCACAACCUGAAUGAAGAGACUAAAUCAACUCACAGCGCUAAGGUUCUUCGUGGCCUAAGAGACCGCAUGGACUCUAAUGCACUCACUAUUCUUCGCAAGGCCAAAGUUGUGAAGGCAAGACUAGAAGCUAUAGACAAAUCAAAUGUAAGAAACCGCAGAAUAUCAGAAGCAUAUAGAGAAGGAAGUCCAGUUGAUAGGACGAGAAUAUCAGUCACAAAUGGAUUGAGAAGUAAGCUUAGGGACAUGAUGAAUGAUUUCAAUUCACUGCGGGAGAGGAUCUUAUGGGAUCAUAGAGAAACUCUCAAGAGAAGGUACUAUAAUGCCACUGGAAGUGAAGCAAGCGAGGAAGUGGUGGAGAAAAUGAUGACAGGAAGCGUACAAAUAGAAGCAUUUGAAGGAAAAACAGGAGGGGAUUUGGUGAACAGAGAGAGGAAUGAAGCCUUGAGGGAGAUUCAGAGAAGCUUGGAUAAGCUUCGUCAAGUAUUCCUUGACAUGGCUGUUUUGGUUGAGAGUCAAGGCGAGAAGAUGGAUGAUAUAGAGGAGAAUGUGGCAAUUGCAGGGAACUUCAUCAGUGGUGGAACCAAUAGUCUUGUCUAUGCCAAGCAGAUGAAGAAGGGGAAGAAAUGGGUGUAUUGGGUUUGGGCUGUGGGGCUCAUCAUAUUGCUGGUGUGCUUCAUUUCAAUGCUCACUUCUUAAAAGGAAUCUGAAAAAAAAAUUUCAUGUGUGAUCGACCUUUCCUGAGGUCAAGGACUCUGCUGAUGGCUUCCAAACCUGUUCAAUACAUUUUGGGAAUGCACAUUCAGAUACAUUUACGAAACUAUUUGUUUUGUUUA